GGACUGAAGACUGGAUCAGUGGAGAGCUGCUGUACUUGUAAUAGUGCAGAUCUACUAAGGGACUCUGAAUCUCUGGACAACUGUAUUCAGAGCACACUUUCUGCUCUCUACCCUCCAUUUGAAGCCACUGCGGCCACUGUGCUAUGCCAGGUGUUAGACGUGGUUGAGACGACAUACCGUGGGGACGGACUGCGCUACAUCAUUGACUUCCUGGUGCCUGCUAAACACAUCCUACAGAGCAUUCAACAGGAUGCAUGCUUCCCAUACUGUGGUUUCCUGUUUCGUCAUGAGGGCUGGCCGCUGUGUGUCCAUGAGAAGGUCAUAAUUCAGCUCUCUUCUUUGGACUGGCGUGUGUUACGGCCCAGCGACUUCUACUUACAGGUGACGCCUUCGCCCAAAAGCCGCCCGCGUAUCACGGUGAAGUGUCUGGCAGUUAGCGGGCAGCAUGUGGAGGAGCUGGACGUGCCAGAGCUAACAUACACCUCUCUAUUCACCAUGGAUUGGCUGGACUCCAUCAACCGGGGGAGGAGUGUGGUCAGACGAGCCGCCCUGGAACACUGUCUUUUAUCAGCGGAUAAUGAUAUUUUUAGGGUACCCUGGGAGGAUAUUAUUCACCCGGAGUUUAUCAGCAGACCCCCUAAAGUUACAGAACAAGCUGAAAGUAGAGGGGUGUGCAAGGAAGUUGCCAACAGAGAGGAAAGGGACUCAGACAUAGAUCAAGAAGACAACCCUGAGGACAUACAAUGUAGGAUUUUUAUUGACACUUCCACUGACCAAUCAAGGGAGAUGGACUGUCAGAGCAAGGGGGUUAAGCUCCUCCCUGCUCUCAGUGAGAUCGGUAAAGAUAGCAGUGGACGGAGCUCUAGCAGCACGGCAGAGGAUUCAGAGGGAGAGUAUGUGGAGCUAGCUGAUAUCUCCUUACCGCGCUUUUCCCCACAGAAGGGCUCUCUCACUCAAGCCAUUAGCAUGAACUACAGAAAUCUACAUAAACCACAGACUGCGGCUUCUACUCAGCCUAAAGCCAAACCAGAGCAGAGUCUUUUGAAGAAUGGCGCAUGCUCACAGAGCAUGGUGUGUGCCAUGCUGAUUGAAGAAAACCUGAGUGAUACCUACCAACCUGUGAUCUUAACCCGCACUGCUCCUGCAGAGGCAGAGCAUCCACUCCAGCAGGUGGACGGGUCUGAGCACACCUGUGCUGCAGGUACAGCCUCCUGUGACAGUGUGUCUGAGAGUGAGUUUGUGUCUCAACACUCCGACUGUGAUUCUGCUCCACUUUCUGAUACGUCAACACAUAACAUAUCACAAACAGACAGUAAACCAGUCAACACAUCACAACUAGACAACGAGCCAGUCAAGACAACACAAUCAGAAGUUAAACCAGUAAACACAUCUCAGCUAGACAACGAACUAGUCAGCACAUCACAACCUGACAGCAAACCAGUCAGCACAGCACAACUUGUCAGUGUGCCAGUCAGGACAUCACAAUCAGACGUUAAUCCUGAAAGCACGUCUCAACUAGAUAACAAUCUAGUGAGCACAUCACAGCUAGACAAUGAGCCAGUCAAGACGUCGCAUCCAGAACUUGAAACAGUAAGCAUAGGUCAGCUAGACAAUAGUCUAGUCAGCACAUCACAACCAGACAGCCGACCAGUCAGCAUGUCACAACUAGUUAAUGAGCUAGUCAAGACAUCACAACCAGACGUUGAACCAGUAAGCACAUCUCAACUUGACAGCAAACUAGUCAGCACAUCGCAACCAGAUAGCAAACCAGUCAACAUAUCACAACUAGACAAUAAGCCAAUCAAGACAUCCCAAACAGACAUCAAAACACUAAGCUCAUCUCAGCUAGACAACAAUCUAGUCAACACAUCACAACCAGAUAACCAACUAUUCCACACAGCACAACUAGAAUGUGAACUGGUUAGUUUAUCUUUACCAGAUAGCAAACCACUCAAUACAUCACAUUUGUACAACAUGCCACUAAGUACAUCACAAACAGACAACAAAACAGUUCGCAUGGAGCAACCAGACAGCAAAGUAAUUAGUAUAUCACAACCAGAAAAUGAAAUGUUAUCUGGUACUUUAGAGAGUGAAAACUCAGAACAAGUUUCUCUGGCUAAUAUUGAACUUGUUGUGUUUGAUCCUGCUGCAGAAGCAGAAGUCAUAUCUGAAUCUGAGCAGGUCAGAGGUGAUCAUGGCCUGAAAGGCAGUUGUGAUGUGCAGAAUAGCAAAUUGUUGGUUUCUGAGCCUUUAGCUGUCAGUGUGUCUUUACAACAACAGACUGAGCAAACAGAGCACAGCCUAUGUCAGAUACACAGACACAUCCAAACACCAUCUGAGCAAGUGCAUGAUCUUUCUGUCACAAAAGAAGACCAUCAAGCAUUUAGUAACAGUAGCCAUGACAAUAAUGAAUCUGAUGGUGAUUAUAGUUUCAGUGCAGAGGAAGAAAGUGGGCCUGUUUCGACUGCUCCACAAAGCAAACAGGUAGCUUUGGCCUCGGUCACCACGGCGCCUGAGGAGGAUCUGGUUACGCUCAUUUCACAGGGUCAGGUGAGGACCGAGUCCUGCAAGGACAGAAACAACAAGACUGAGGUGGAACUCCAGACAAAAGCAGCACAUGCAGAAAGAGAAGUUGCGGGAAAGUCACCUUGUAAGGAGGGAGAAAUGGUAGAAAAGAAAAUCAUUGGAAUGACAGAAAGCAAAACAGAGAACGAUAUAGUAGCAGUUUGUAGGGCAGAAGAAGUUGAGACUGCUCAAACAGGUCUGGUAGAUUCCACACCCAAGUCUGAUUCCAACGUUCAAGUUCAGGAGGCGGGCAGCUGCUCUGAAGGAACAGAUGAGAAGAAACAAACCAAUGUUGAAGAGAAAGGGGUGGAGGAAGAGGAGACAGAGGACAUUACUGUGAGUGAGCAAGGGGCUAUAGUGACCAGCUAUUCUGAAAAUAGAGUCCAGUCAGCAUGCAAUCAAGUCCUUGAUGCAGACGCAUAUGUGCAGAACACAAAUGGACACAUGCACACUCAGGACACACCUACCACCGAACGAGAAGGGCAAAAAUCAAAGGAGGAGGAGGAGAGAAAGGGGGAAAAGGAGGAGAGGCAAGAGGAUGAGGUUACUUCCUCUGUGAAAGGCUCUCCAGCAGGGCAUCAGCAACAAGCAGACAUGGAGACCCAUUACCAUCAGCAGGAAGAGCAAGCAUCCAGUCAGGAAGUAGACAGUAUUGUUUCCCAUCUGUCUGCUAAGACCCAAGGUGAAGACCCCUCAGCAGUUCCUCCACUACUGCCGCCCAUCUCCCAGAAGACCCAGCCUGUCCAGAGGGAGGCUCAUGACAUCAAUCCUGAUGUCCUGAGCUCAGGAGUGCUCUGCCUGCCUGGAACAAGAGAUAAAUCAGGCCACGCGCUUGUGACAGUGAAAACAAGAAACACUAUCUGGUUGAAUCCAAACUGCAAUAGUGGAGAGCUGGUGCGGAUCAUGGUCUACUUCUUCAGUACACUCAGGAAGGAAGUUAGUGCUUUGGGACUGACUGUCCUGGUGGAUGCCCGCAGGUGUUCUCCUGUCCCCGCCCUCUUUAAAGCCUUCAACAUCCUCCAGGAAGCCAUGCCGGGAUGCAUCCAUACAGUACUGCUGCUGGCCGACAGAGAUCUGGCUCUACGUGUGGAGAAAACCACUUCUAUACCGGUGGAGUUGUUGACAUCGCUCAAAUCUCUCUAUAAGCAUGUGGACAUCGCUCAACUCCCCACUGAGUUUGAAGGCACUUUCCCUUAUUCACACAGCAGCUGGAUCUGUUUCAGAAUGAGGUUGGAACAGCUUACCAGCCAUUGUGAGGAUGCUGUGAACCUGCUUCAGAACACCAUCAGCAAACUGGAGUCCUCAGUGCUGCCACCUACAGCAGAGGAGGCACAGAUCUUAUUGUGUAAGUACAGAGAGUUGAUGAGGACCGUUCUGGAGGACAGCAGGUUGGUGCGGCUACAGUUGGAGGGAGGAGCCGCUCUGUCCUGUUUGCGAAAAGAAGAAACCAAUGUCAGUCUGACAGAGGACUACAGAGAUGCCAUCGAGAAUGCGGGCCGUCUGUAUAACCAAGUGGACGAGUUGGUUCACAGACUGGUGAUGCUGUCCAACAAAUGCACACAGGAAAUGGAAUUCAUAAUGGAGUUCAAGACCCUGGAGGAUGGAUUCAGAGAGGUGAGUCAGUGGAUAGAAGAGGUGGGCGAGUCUCGUCUGCAGACACUGAGUGAGCUGGAAGAUUCCUUGGAGCAGUUACAUCAUAAGCAGACUGUCUUCAGAGAUUUCUACACAGCUGCAUAUGAGCACUGUAAGAGCGGUGAAGCUCUCCUCAAGCGCUUAGAGAAGUGGGAAGACAUCUCUUCUGCAGAGCUGCAGGUGUAUGAGGUGAAAGUACGCUCAUUCUGGGUCCAUCUACAUGAUUUCUCCCAGCGAGUGGAGGAAACCAAGGAUAAAAUUGACAAGACUGUUCAACUCUACGAGUUCUUUGACAAGUGACACUGGGUUGAACGCUUCAGUCUGACUUCAGAGUUUCCCCCUGAGCCCCAGCAGGGACAGAUGGUCUUG